UAUGUGUGUGUGUUGCAUGUGUGUUGAUUUUUUAAAUAGUAAAUUUACUUGCGGCAUUUGCAUUUGCCGGCUAAAAAUGUGGCGCGUGCACGUGUAACAAAAAUAAAAAGCGAAAGAGCGAAUAAAACACACACACACACAUACGAGAGUAAAGAAUAACAACGCCAACAAAAUGAGCAUAGAAAGCAUGCAAAAAGCGAAUAUACAAUAAACAAUUUAAUUUGUUAAUACAUAGUAGUAGUAGUAGUAGUGUGUUGCAAGUGUGUGCAAAGUGCAAAUAAUAAUAAUAACAAAUAACAUAAACAACGCUUCACAAAAGGAUUAUUACACUAACAAAAACACACAACACAACAACGCGACUGUGACUGCGAAUAUCGCAGCACUUGAUUUAUUACAACAACAAUAGCAGCAGCAUUAACAACAAUAAUAAACAUGCAGUGGAUUAAAUGUUUAUUAAUUGCAUUCAUUUGCUUCACAGUUAUUGUGCAGGUUCACAGUUCCGGCAAUUUCGAAUUGCGGCUCAAAUACUUUAGCAAUGAGAAUGGACGCGACAGCGAGGGACAUUGCUGCAGUGGAGCGACAGAUGCGGCGACGGGCAAAUGCAUUGGCACAUGCAAGACGAGAUUUCGCGUUUGCCUGAAGCAUUAUCAGGCGACCAUAGAUACAACAUCGCAGUGCACAUAUGGCGAUGAGGUGACGCCGAUACUGGGCGAGAACAGCUUCAAUCUGAGCACGACUGGGGAUGCGCAAAGCUAUCAGAACAAAGACUUUACGAAUCCCAUACAGUUUGCGUUUAACUUUGCAUGGCCGGGCACAUUCACGCUGAUCGUUGAGGCAUGGCACGAUACGAACAACAGCGCCAAUGCGCAUUUAAACAAUCUGUUAAUACAGCGACUGUCGGUGCAGCAAGUGCUGGAGGUGUCGUCGGAAUGGAAGUCAAACAAAUCGGAAUCGCAGCACAACACUUGGCUCGAAUACGAUUUUCGUGUCACCUGCGACGCUCAUUAUUAUGGCGCUGGCUGUGCGAAUCUUUGUCGGCCACGUGACGAUCAAUUUGGCCACUAUACCUGCUCCGAAACGGGUGAAAUCAUUUGCCUAACGGGCUGGCAGAGCACGUACUGUGAGAAACCCAAAUGUGCCAAAGGCUGUGUGCAUGGACAAUGUGAGAAGCCCAAUCAAUGCAUUUGUCAGAAGGGCUGGCGUGGCGCCUUGUGUGACGAGUGUGCGCCGUAUCCGAAUUGCGUGCACGGCACUUGCGACAAGCCCUGGACCUGCAUUUGCCAGGAGGGCUGGGGUGGUCUGUUCUGCAAUCAGGAUCUGAACUACUGCACCAAUCAUCGUCCUUGCCAGAAUGGCGGCACCUGCUACAACACGGGCCAGGGACUCUACACCUGCCAAUGCGCGCCUGGCUUCCGAGGCAAUGACUGCCAAACUGUUGUCAACAGCUGCGAUCAUGAGAAUCCUUGUCAGAAUGGCGGCAGCUGCCUGAACGAGGAUACGCCGCGUGGCUACAAGUGCGCCUGUUCCAAAGGCUGGAGCGGACGCCUGUGCGAGGAGAAGCUGCUCACCUGUGCCGAUCAUCCGUGUCAUCAUGGCAAGUGUCGCAACACGAGCGGCAGCAAUCAUAGCAAGCAGGGGUUUCAAUGCGACUGCCCGAGUGGCUACAGCGGUCUAACCUGCGAGCUGCAUCAGGACAACUGCAAUCCGAAUCCUUGCCAAAACGGCGGCAGUUGCCAGCCCAAUGGCAAAUGCAGCUGCCCCGAUGGCUACGCCGGCGCCAAGUGCGAGCAGAACAUUGACGACUGCGUGGGGCACAAGUGCCAGAAUGGCGGCACCUGCAUCGAUCUGGUGAAUCAGUAUCGCUGCCAAUGCGUGCCCGGUUUCCAUGGCACGCGCUGCAGCAGCAAAGUGGAUUUGUGUCUGACCAAACCUUGUGCCAAUGGCGGCAGUUGCACCAAUUUGAACAACGAUUAUCAGUGCGCCUGUCGUGCUGGCUUCACCGGCAAGGACUGCAGCAUUGACAUUGACGAGUGCAGCAGCGCGCCUUGCCACAAUGGCGGCACCUGCAUGAAUCGCGUCAAUAGCUUCGAAUGCGUCUGCGCCAACGGAUUUCGUGGCAAGCAGUGCGACGAGGAGUCGUUCGCCUAUGAUUCGGUUACGUAUGAUGCGCGUCAUCAGGACGGCGGCGCAGCCAGUCAACAGCCACGCGCCGAUGGGCUGACCAAUGCGCAGGUGGUGCUCAUUGCCAUAUUCUCAGUGGCCAUGCCGCUGGUCGCCGUCAUCGCCGCUUGUGUCGUAUUCUGCAUGAAGCGUAAGCGCAAGCGCGCGCAGGAAAAGGACGACGCCGAGGCGCGCAAGCAGAACGAGCAGAAUGCGGUGGCCACGCUGCAUCACAAUGGCAGCGGCGUUGGCGUGGGCGUUGGUCUGCCCACUGGCACUUUGGGCGGUGUCAAGCGCGGCAGCAGCGGCGCGCUGGCCUUCGAUAACAGCAAUCCCAACAUCAUCAAAAACACCUGGGACAAGUCGGUGAACAAUAUUUGCGCCUCGGCAGCGGCGGCAGCUGUUGAGGAUUGCCGCCUGUACUCGGGCGCGCUGGCGAACUAUGCAGCAGCUGCGGAUAACAAUGCCAACUCGGAGUUCUGCGGCGUGGGUCAGAUUACGCCGCUGCAGCGCGCCAAGUCGCAGAAGCAGCUCAACACUGAUCCGACGCUCAUGCAUCGCGCCUCGCAGCUCAUGUCGGCGAGCGUGGGCGCAGCAGCAGCAACAGCAGCGGCGGCGGCGGCAGCAGCAGCAGCAGCGUCCGCUGGCACAACCAAAGACUACAGCGCUGGCGGCGCCGAGGCCAAGGCCAAGCGCAUUUCCGUGCUGGGCGAGGGCUCCUACUGCAGUCAGCGCUGGCCCUCGCUAGCAGCGGCGGGCGUAGCGGGCGCCUGCAGCUCACAGCUCAUGGCAGCGGCCUCGGCGACGGGCAGCGGCGCAGCGACGACGCAGCGCACAGUGGUCUGCGGCACGCCGCACAUGUAAACAAAGACUGUCCACACCCAUUUUUGGUAGCAUGCAGGGAAUAGAGCGAGACAGAGAGAGAGACGCCAAAUGAGCAGCAGCAGUAACAGUCGUCAGCAUCUACACAAAUCUCAAUUCAAAUUGAUCAUAUUUUUAUUUUAAACUAUGUAAUUAUUAACUAAACAAUUUUAGUUUCGCAUGGACUGACGUAAGCAUAAAGUUAAAGUUUUUUUCACACACAAUGUAUAUAUAUUAUAUAUAUUAAAAUGCAAGCUAGUACACUCCACUUAUCUUUCACUUGACCUUAUGAUUCUCGAACUGGACGAAAAUUCAAACUUAACACUGACGUUUUUGCAAGUUACUGAUUAAUCUGCUUCAAUUAUUUUUCACACCUAGAUGCGAUAAAUUGUAAAUACGCAAACGAAACAAAAACAAACACAACAAAACAUAAUUUACUCAUUAGUUAGCAUUUAAUUUUAGUACUAAGCAAACAAUUCCUCAUUGACGCUGCAUGGUCGGUCGACUGCUUUUUUAUGCAAAGUAGUGCGUCCCGCAUUUUGUAUAUAGUAACUAUAGCUAGCCUCUCAUAUAUGCUUACAUUACAAAAAAAAUGAAUGAAAAA